AAAUAAAUAAAUAAUAAAAAAGAUCUUAAAAAAAUGCUUAAAAGCAUCUAAGAGAGAGAAAAAAAAGAAGAAAUACGAGUGCUGGAGUGUUGUUUAAACCGAAAAUUCCAAAAAAACCUGUGUUAACGACCCACCACCUCCCUCUUUUGUGUUAUCCCCUUUAAUACGGAAGACACGAAAAAGCUAGAAAGAGAUCUUUUGUUUCAUUAGAAAAGGGUGAAGUUAAGAAAACAAAAAAAAAAAAAAACAAAAAAAGAUUUAAAAAUGACUAUGGCAGCUUGUUAUGCUAACUAUGACAUGGCUACACUGGCCACCCAUAGCAUGACGAAUGCUCAAACUUCGGUGAUGCAACAACAUCAGCAUCAUCAUAGUCAACAGCUUUAUCACCAACAUCAACAACAACAGCAACAGCAACACCAUCAUCAUCAGCAGCAGCAGCAGCAGCCACAACAAAGCCAUUAUAAUAGCCACCAACAACAGACCUCAAGCCGUUUAUCAUCCGCUAUGGCGGCGGCGGCGGCGGCAUCAGCAGCCUCACAAAAUGCCGUAGGUGCAUCUGGAGGAAAUCACGCGGUGGCUGUUGCUGUUGCCGCCGUCUCGCAGACUGCCAAUCAACGUAAUAAUUCUACAGCAACCAAUAAUAACAACAACUCUAGUAACCAAAAUGCCUCUAUCUCAGCUUUAACACCCGCCUCUAAUAAUACAAUUUCAAAUGUUGUGGUCGCAAACACAACCACUUCAUCAUCGUCAUCGACGUCGUCAUCUUCAUCAUCAUCAUCCUCCUCAAAGGAUUAUAGCAUUCCGUUGCAUGUUGAUUGCAGUGUUGAAUACGAACUGCCAAAUCAGCCAAAGCCGCCGGCGGGUCAACGUGUUGAACCUUUGCUGAUGAUACAUCCGUGCUAUUUUCGUAAAAUGGAAUCGCAGCGGCGUAGUCCCUUUGUAAAUAACAUGCCUACCGCGGCGGCAGCACGUACAACGGCGGCUGCAUUGGGGGUGGGAAGUACUACAGCUGGGGUAACGGCGGUAAAUAGUACACAAAACACUUUAGCCUCUACUACAAGAAGAGCUAGACAAACUCAGGUUAUACAACAACAGCAGCAGCAGCAGCAGCAGCAGCAACAGCAUCAUCAAAGUCAGCAACAACAACAACAGCGGCAAGCAGCAGCUGCCGCUGCUGCUGUACAAUAUCAGCAACACUUACAUCAACAGCAACAACAGCAACAGCAACAACUCAGGCAUACACAGCAACAACAGUCGCAGCAGCAACAGCAAAUGUCACAAAUGUCUCAGCAGGCUCAUUAUCCGGUUGCUGCAAAUCAACAACAACAACAGCAGCAGCAGCAACAUCAUACUCUUUCCCAAAAUGCCGCCGUCUCAACGAAUCCGGUAGCUGUUAGUAACGCUGCAAAUAAUUAUAUAGAACAUAGCAACAAUUCCUCUUUGCGGAGAUCGACUCAAAGAUCUUCUCAAACUCAACAACAACAACAACGUACAAGCCAAAGUCAUCAUCCAUCACAACAACAUCAACAUUUAAUAGUACAACAACCACAAACCAAUUCACAAUGGGAUCAAAUGGCAGCGGCCGCUGCCAUAGCAGCCCGUUCGAAUAUAACACCUGCCCAUAUAAUGUCAUCUUACAAUAAUGCAAAUGUUGCUGCGGCUACUUCAAAUGGAAACGGUGGCAACAACAACGGCAAUGUUAGCAAAACUGCUAAUGUUGGUAAAAGAGAUGCUAUGAUCUCCGGCAGUGGUAUAUACAGUAGUAAUAAUAAUGCAACCACGAAUAAUAGCAGCAAUAAGCAACAACAACAACAACAACAGCAACAGCAGCAUCAUUCGUCAUGUAUAAGUGUCGGCUCCAUGUGGAAUUCGUCGGCAACAGCAGGACAAGAUAUAACAACUGCUACCACUGCGACGGCAGCUGCUAUAGCUACAUCAUCAAAUAGCAGCCAAGCAGCAGCGGCAGCGGUAGCUGGUCUCCUAAUGGAUCGCAGUCCUAUGGCUACAGUUCCUAGUAAUUAUCAGGCUGGUCCCGACACCACGCCCAUAUUAAACCAAAGUACGUCCGCCUCGUCGGGCAAUAGCCGCAAUCAUCAUCACCAUCACCAUCAUCAUCACCAACAGCAGCAGCAGCAGCAGCAGCAGCAACAACAGCAGCAGCAGCAGCAGCAGCAACAACAACAACAACAGCAACAACAUCAACAACACCAUCAUCACCAUCAAAACCAAACCGCCGUCACUACCGCCACGAACACGAACUCUCAGAAUCAUUAUCAUCACAGUCAAAAUCAUAAUGCGGUCGCGGCAAUGACCUCAUCCUCCCACCAUCACCAUCACUAUCCCGAUAAAUUGAGUGGCAAGUAUCGUCAGUAUUUGAGAACGCAACGUAUGCAUCCCUAUUUGGCGGCCGCCACUUCUGGAGCUGCGGCAGUGGCGGCAGCCGCUAAUUUAGGUCAGACUUUUCCACAAUUUACCGCCGCUACAGCAGCAGCAGCCGCUGUCGCUGCAACACCAUCAUUCCAACAUUUGCAACAAAUCUCAUGCUACAAUGUGUGAUAAGCAGCUUCCACCUCCCAACACGAGCACGUCACUCCAACAAUUGUCCUACCAUGGAAGCGCACGAAUCCAAAGAUAACAGCAACAAAAGGCAGCAUUAGUGAUAUAAUUUGUGAGUUUUUGUCGCGGAGUUGAAAAAAAAAAUUACAUACCUUAGCAACCUGGCAGACACAGACAUGCCUAAUAUGAAGGAAAACAAAAAAUAAAUAAGUAAAUGAAAAAUAAUAAUAAUAAUAAUCAUAAUAAUAAUAAUAAUGAUAACUAAAAAAGCUUUACUUAGUAAACUUUUUUGUUUGCUUAUAAUUGUUUGUCUUAUUCGAUAAGCGUGUGUUUAUGUGGUAAAACUCUUCUAAAUUUUAUGAAAUAUGUAGUUGUUGAGGCCGCGCUAAAAUGCGAAAUUCUGCUAUACCCCUUCUUAUAAGUUUAAAGAGAAAAGUGAAACGUAAAACGAAAAGAAAAAAUGCUCAAAAGUGUAUUUGAAAAAUUUCUAAAAAGGAUCACCAAAGGAUUGGAAUACAUACACAUUCAUAUGCGACUGCAAGAAUGCAGCCACCAACGACUCUAUCCAUUAAAACUAAACGGUUAUAAUAUAAAAUCCAUAAUGGAGAAUGAUAUGCCGGAAGAUCAAUCAAUGGAAUAUUUUGAGUAUCAAUUAGUCAACUGACACACUGACGGCUUCACAAUCACACAAUAUUCUCAACAAUUGCUAUAUAUGUUCGUCAUCACAAGGAUAAGUGUAUACAAAUUUUUUUUUGCUUGUAGCACUUAGAAAUUGUAGGCAAAUCGCGUAAAUUAAAUUUUAUAUAUGCGCGGAUAUGUACAUGUAUAUAUACACACACACACACAUAUAUAUA